GCUAUCAUUCAUACUCAUAUUGUGCGCAGACGCAUACACUACUACAAUGUGGAGUUUAAGAAUUGCAUUUAGUGUUAAAAAUGUGAAUUACUCAAAGAAAUUGAGGGCAGUCCGUCAAAUCCAAUCAGGUGUUAAGGACAGCUAUCUGAACAACCCGGGAACUGAACCGCUGACUAUUGCGACAUUUGGAGACGUGCUGGCGGAGACUGCGCACAAAUACCCCGGAAGAGUAGCCAUACGGUCAGUCCACGAAAAUGUUACUAUAACAUAUGAACAAUUGUUAAAUCAGGCGGACUCUUUAGGAUGUGCAUUACGAGCUCAGGGCCUACAGAAGGGCGAUAGAUUGGGACUGUGGAGUCCUAACACAGCUGCGUGGCUCGUAGCCGCCGUAGCAGCGGCCCGUGUUGGAAUCAUAUCAGUAUUACUGAAUCCCGUAUACGAAAAAUCGGAGCUAAGUUUUUGUAUAAAAAAAACAGGACUGAAGGGAAUAUUAAUAAGUGACAAGUUACCGAACAAAGACUACUACGGCAUGCUACGAGAAAUGAUACCUGAACUGCAAACAUCUACACCAGGCGCUCUGAAAUCUGAAGCGUUUCCUACGUUAACUUCAAUUAUUAAUGGCGGGAAAGAACAGCUAUCUGGUACUUUGUCAUAUGAUUCCUUGAUUACACAUAACAACAAUGAUGUCAAUAAAUAUGGCGCAGAAGUGAAACCCGAAGAUGGUUGUCUCAUCCACCUUACAUCUGGCACAACAGGUGAACCAAAAGCAGCAUUAGAUUCACACAUAAACGUAGUCAACAAUACGUACUUCAUAGGGAAAAGGAAUUCUCUCCACGAGGAACAUCAACGAGUAUGUGUACAGGCACCAUUAUUCCACGCCCUGGGAUCGAUAGUAACAACCCUGGCUGGUUUAAGGCACGGCAGUACGCUGGUUUUAGCUGCACCCACUUACAACGUCCAUUCCAAUAUCAAUGCUUGGUUCGCCGAAAAAUGCACAAUCAUCACGGGUACACCCACGAUGUAUAUAGACUUGUUGGCUCAAAUGAAAAUCAAAGGGGAGACUCCACCACCUCUGCGGUUGGCGAUGGCAGCCGGCGCACCCUGCAGUCCGCAGCUUAUCAAGAAUAUGCAACAAUAUCUGAACACUGAAUCCGUUAAGGCUUUGUAUGGACUGACGGAAACUACAGCUUCUGUAUUCCAGUCUUUGCCAGGAGAUAGCACUGAACUGGUCUCCGAGACUGUUGGAUAUAUACAAGAUCAUGUUGAAGUUAAGGUCGUCGACGACAAUGGUAAAACUGUACCCUUCGGCAGUCCUGGUGAGUUAGUGGUUCGAGGCUACCUCAUCAUGAGCGGCUACUGGGAUGAACCUGAGAAAACGCGAAAGGCUUUUUAUGAAGACGGAUGGUUUAGGACAGGUGACAAAUUUACGAUAAGCGAAGACGGAUACGGUAGGAUAGUGGGACGGUUGAAGGAUAUUAUCGUAAGAGGAGGCGAGAACAUCGCGCCCAAGGAGAUUGAAGACCUGCUGAACACGCAUCCAGAUAUAAUCGAUAGUCAGAUAGUUGGAGUUGCAGACGAGAGGUUAGGUGAAGAAUUGUGUGCUGUGGUACGAGUCCGCGAAGGAACAGCUGUCACGCUGGACGAUCUGAGGCAGCACUGCACCGGACACCUGGCCAAAUUUAAGAUACCCAGAAUCCUGAAAGUCAUAGACGAAUUCCCAAAAACGACGUCCGGGAAAAUACAGAAAUAUAAGUUGAAAGAGAUCAUUGAGGCUGGUAAAUUGUGAUAAUUGUAGAUAGCAUAAUU